AUGGACGCCAGCAAGGCUGUAGAUGGGGAGGAGGAUAAGGAGGUGGCUGCCAAACCACAGCUUCUGGAGGAAUCUGUUGGCACUUCCUUUCUCGUGGAAGCCUCGGAGUACGGGAGCAAGGAUGACAGUGUACAGCUGCAGACAUCUGCUGCUGAGAAGUACCGCACGCUGACAGUGGUAGCGUUUAACGCGCGUACCACUGGCGUCGAUGGUGUGGCAGGAAUUCUCCAGUCCGAUCCAGAUCUGUAUGUCCGCGUCCUUUCGAGCUUGCUUCACCCCAUCCGCAACCAGAAGGACAUUCGGGUUGAGUACGAAUGCCUCGGGGACUUGCUGAUGGAGGUGGUGUUCAGUCCCGACACAGACUCCGACGUGGACCCAGUGAAGAUCCUGGCGUGGGAAAACAAAGAGGAAGGGACCAUCGCCCGAAGCUCGGGGCUGCAGAUCGGGGAUGAGCUCCUGGAGAUCGAGCUGCUGGAUGACCGGGAGAAGGACAGCAGCGGCACGGUGAAGAAGGCCGUAUCACAGGCCGAGGACAUCGCAACGCUUCUGCCCACGUGGAAGGAGAUCGCAGACAGUGGCAGAAGGAGCCUCCAGGAAGGCGACUACGCAGAACUCAAGGACGCCAUCUUGAGUCGCACCUUCCUCUUCCGAGCCAAGUGUGACAUGGCCCUGUCCCUGAUGUCUGCCGGCCUGAACCUGCUCUACGACGACUUCAUUCCUAGCGCCUUAGAGCUCCAUCAGCACUUCUCUCCGGCUCCGGAUUCGAUUCUCUUCACCUACUUCCCGGGCCGGGAGUACGCCGAACUGCGGGAGGAGCUGGUGAUCGCGCAGCUGGAAGUCUUGACCAGCCUCUGGCGAAACCUGCCGAGGAUCGUCAAGGAAGAUAUGCCCGAAACGAUCCGGAAGCUCUUCCGCCCGGACAUCGAACUCGAACUCAUGAAAGAUGGGGUCCUGGUGCUGAUGAGGCGGUGGGAGAGCGGCCGAGAGGUGAACCAGAGCAUGCCGGAGCCCGCUGAGCCGUUGGUGAACUUCUUCGCUGCUUUCAAGCCUUCCUACGAAGAGACCCAGGCACGGGAGCUGUCCAUGCUUUGGAUCACCCGUGCUUGGCACGGACAGCUGAUCCAGCAGCAGGGGGUUCAGAGCCUCAUCGCAGACAUCAGCCGCCACUACGAGGCGGCAGAGUAUUUCUGGGAGCACAAGGCGAAGACGGGCGGGGGCUGGGUGAAGGAAGCACUGGACCGUGCCGAAGAUGCCCAGCGAAAGUUGGAGGAGGCGGUGAAGAAGGAGCAGAUCCGCGUGCUUCUGUGUAAUUCCGUCAGCGACCUUGAAUUUGUGAAGUCCAAGCUGCGACCAGAGAACUUGAUGCUCAAGGAGGACUGCAAGAUCGGAAUCUCCAAUGUCCCCAAGGGGAAGUGCUUGAUCUGGAGCCAGGGAGCCGUCGCGGAGCACUUCAAGACGCUCACAAGUCCGGACUUCCCCAAGAUCCAUGAUGAGCUGCCGAAGCUCUACAAGGGCAAGGAGGUUCGCCUCCUCUUCUCUGGCCGUUAUUUCGACACGCAGCACGAAGAGGCACAGCAGGCCUUGGACAGCCUGCAGCACUACAUCUCCCUGGCGAGGCCGGCAGGAGAGGCUUUCCCCGCUGUCAAGCAGAUCCUCCAUGAGAGGUCUGAGACUCUCCACAAGAGCCAGCUCUUCAAAAAGGACCAGGAGGCGAAGCGUGCCUCGGCGGAAGGAAAGCUUCUCCUUAAGGAGAAGGAGCUUCAGGAGACCAUGCGUGUCGCAGAACGUCGUCUCAUCGAGGUUGAAAGAGAGAAGCAGAUCAUCGCUAAGAAGAACCAGGAGUUGGAGGAGGCCAAG